UGUAGACAAGAAAGGGAAAAAUAGUAAAUAUGUUUAUAAAUUCACAUCUUAUCUAUUCUUUGUUUAUAAAUUUCUUCUCUGGAGAGUAAUGGCGUGACAGGAAGGGUUUAUCUACAGAGGAAUUUCAUUUUUUCAACAAUCUUUUCCUUGUCAUUUUGUUAUCUCCACUUCCAAAAACAAUGAGCUCUGCUCCUCGUUGUAUCAUUAUUUAGUUGCCUGCUAAAGGCGAGAAGUAGGAGCAUGGCUGAGGUUGGGGAUAGUUUGGGUCCGGAUGAGGACUAUGAUGUCUUGCUCAAUAUUCUUGACUUUCCUAUGGAAAGUUUGGAAGGGGAUGAAGUUGCACCCGAAUGGGAUAGUAGCAAAGCAGAAUUUCUCGGGCCUAUUCCAUCUAGCCUGCUAAUGGAGCCACCAUUGAUGUCCAAUGAGGAAUUCAAUGUUCCUAACUCGUCACCACAACCACGUUCUCAUAUUGAUGCAGCUCCAGAGCUAAAGCAGCUGGCCAACCAUGUUGAUACUUGUCGCUUGCGUAUUCCCCAGCUGAGGAAAUUCACUAAGGUCCAAGAGUCUCGUUCCUUUUGCACUCAAAGCCCUGUUUCAGUUCUUGAAAGUAAUGGCUCCUGCUCGAGAGAAAAGUGCUUGUCUAUAAAACCUGAACAGGCUAUUCCGGCACAAAGCAGAUCAAAACGAGUUAGAUAUUCAGGUGUAAACCCAUGGCUUUCAGCAGCACAUGAGCUUUCCACUUCUAAACGGACUUCAAGUUGGAAAAGAUUAACUCAGCAGCCUGUUUCCAUUGAUUUGAUGAGAAAAUCUGACGAAAAUGUUGAUAACUUAAUAAUCUUCCAAAAUCUUCCCCAUGAAGUGGCUUCUAAGCCCUGUGAUGCACUGGUUAAGAAGUGUUCUCAUUGUCAAUCCACAAAGACACCACUAUGGAGGGAGGGACCACUGGGACCAAAGACUCUCUGCAAUGCGUGUGGAGUUCGAUAUCGAUCUGGAUGUCUAUUUCCAGAAUAUCGGCCAGCAGCAAGUCCGACAUUUGUCCCAUCUCAGCACUCAAACUCCUACAUGAAGGUGGCAGAGAUGAGGAGCGCAGCUAAGCUAAUGGAAGUUAAAAUUAAGGUAGCACCUUUAUCCUCCCCACAGACGGAAGCUAAAAUUGAUGAACCUCCAAAAGCCCCACAGGUAGAAGCGAAAAUUUUGGAACUACCAAACUCCCACAUGAAGGUGGAAGAGAUGAGGACCGCAGCUAAGCUAAUGGAAGUUAAAACUAAGGGAGCACCUUUAUCCCCGCAGACGGAAGCUAAUUUUGAUGAAGCUCCAAAAGCCCCACAGUUAGAAGCAAAAAUUUUGGAACUACCCAACUCCCACAUGAAGGUGGCAGAGACGAGGAGUGCAGCUAAGCUGAUGGAAGUUAAAAUUAAGAUUGUUGGGACUUCGGAGCAAAAGCAGCCAACCAAGCACGUCAAGCAAAUGCAGCUGGCCAAGCAUGAUGAUACCUCUAGCUCACUUCAGAUUGCUGGAGCUCCCAAGCGAAUGCAGCUGGCCGAGCAUGUUGACACCUCUAGCUCACUGCAGAUUGCUGAGGUUCCUGAGAAAAAGCUGCUAGCCAAGGAUGAUGACACCUCUAGUUCGUUUCAGAUUGCUGGAGCUCCAAAGCGAAUGCAGCUGGCGAAGCAUGUUGACACCUCUAGCUCACUUCAAAUUGCUGGAGCGCCCAAGCGAAAGCUGCUUGCAAAGCAUGAUGAUACCUAUAGCUCACAUAUUCCUCUGCAGAAUAAGUCGACCAAGGUUCAAGAAUCUGGAGCCUUCUGUACCCAGAGUCGCGUCUCACUCCUCCAUGACAGUAGCUACUUGAGAUACAGACUAAAAUACGUUGAACCUGGAGGUGUAGAUCCGACAAAUUCCAUGAGUGGUAAAAAGAGUAGGAAGGUGCCUGUUGCUGUUGGUGACUCUAAAAACCUACCCCAAACAAACGACACCUCGUUGCAUGGCUCAAAUCCUGCGCCUCUGCAAAAGGCUUCAAAUUCCAUGAGAGGUAAAAAGAGUAGGAAAAGGUUGCUUCAGCUGCCUGUUUCUGUGGAUGUCAUGAAAAACUCCCCCAAAAACGAAGCUUCCUCAUUGUAUAUCUCAGAUCCUGCGGCUUUGAAUCCUACUUGCCCUGCAGUUGUUGAGAAGUGUGCUCAUUGUAAGUCAACGAAGACACCACAAUGGAGAGAGGGACCGUUAGGGCCAAAGACACUCUGUAAUGCAUGUGGACUCCGAUACAGGACUGGACGUCUACUCCCAGAGUAUCGGCCAGCAGCAAGUCCUACAUUCGUGCCAUCUCUGAAUUCAAACUCCCACAGGAAGGUUGUGCGGAUGAGAAUCGAAGCUAUGCAGUCGAAAAUGGAGAUAUCAAGGACCGUGCAUGAAGACGAAGGCCGAGUGUAAAGUAGGGUAACUUUAAGCUAGGAUGAGAUAGUUUUAACUAAGAUUGAUUAGCUGAGUUUGUAAAGAGUUUCGGUUCUAAUUUGAAACUUACAAGUUAGCUGUUGGAAUCUUGAAACUGCUGUGAUAUCAAAACUGAAGUAACUGAGUUUAGUGAGAUUUUAUUGGUGCA